AUGGCGAGCAAUUCUGUGAAUCAGGUAGUAUCCUCUCGAUUCGAGGAUGUUGAGAACGCGAGCCAUACGCUGAGCUCAUUAGAACGGAACGACUCAGCCAAAAAGGUCCCCUCUCACACUCGGAUCCGGGAGGUUCACACCGAUAGCGACCAAGAUGCAACGACCCCAGAUGAGAUUCUCCCCGGAGACGCCAUCCCCCCUCCCCCAGAUGGCGGCCUCCACGCCUGGCUCCAAGUCGCCAUGGGCUGGGUAGCCAUCUUCACCACCUGGGGCUACAUCAACUCCUUUGGGAGCUUCCAGGUCUACUACACAUCCACCCUGCCCGAGUCCGCCUCGGCCAUCUCCUGGAUCGGCUCCAUCCAGACAUGGCUCACCUACUUCAUCGGCGCCUUCUCCGGCCGCCUGCUCGACGCCGGCUUCUUCCUCCCGACGUUCGUCAUCGGCGCCCUCCUCCAGCUCCUCGGGAUCUUCCUUAUGGCCGUCUCGAAGAGCUACUGGCACCUCAUGCUUACCCAGGGAGUCCUGACCGGUCUCGGCGGAGGCAUCUUCUUCACGCCCUCUCUCGCCCUCGUGGCCACCUACUUUAGCAAGAAACGAGGCCUGGCCAUGGGCAUCGCGACCACCGGAAACUCAGCGGGGGGUAUAAUCUACCCCCUCGUCGUCCGCCAGCUGCUCCCCAAGGUGGGCUUCAAGUGGACGGCCCUGACGCUCGGCUUCAUCAACAUGGCUGGCCUCCUGCUAGUCAUCAGCUUCAUGCGUCCCAGACUACCGCCCAGGAGAUCCGGCCCCAUCAUCGACUGGACCGCCUUCACGGAACCCAUCUACGUAACCUACGUCUUCGGCGUCUUCUUCUUCAUCUGGACCGUCUUCUACACCAUGUACUACGUCGCAUCCUUUGGGAAGCAGGUAAUAGACCUCUCCCAGGCCGACGCCACCCUCCUCGUGACGAUAAUCAACGGCGCGGGCUUCCCCACCCGCGUCCUCGUCCCCAUCCUCGCCGACCGCUUCGGCGUCCUCAACGUCGUCACCCUCUCGGCCGCCGGCGUCGCCUGCGUAGCCUUCUCCUGGCUCGCCGUCCGCGACGUGCCCGGCAUCUACGCCUUCACCGUCACGUACGGCCUCGUCAACGGCGGGUACCAGUCCCUCAUCAGCACGGGCAUCGCGGCCAUCACGAAGCGGCUCGACAUGGUGGGGACGCGGAUGGGCAUGUGCUUCAGCGUCGCUUCCAUUGCCGGGUUGACGGGACCGCCGCUGGGGGGGCUGAUACAACAGGCGGCGGGGGGUGAGUGGCGCUGGGCGACUGUGUGGGCUGCCGUGGCUGCUCUGUGUUGCUGUGUGAUGCAUGUUGUGGCGAGGGGGCUGCGUGGGGAGUGGAAGCUCAAAGUGAGGUGUUAG